AUGGAAGCAGAAACAAGACCUGUCCAGCAUAACCGGAAACUCUGGAUUUUGUUCCGCGGACUAGAUAUCGUUGAUGAUCUAACGACCGAGAGAUCGACGCUAAUCGGGAAGGAUUUGAUCCACCCGCAUCGGGAUGCCGUCAUCCUGAUUUGGCAAGACGACCAAGACUUGGCCUGGCCGCUGAUCGAUCCGGAGAAACCCCAUGACAAUAACACAAAAUCGAACCCUAUCUCAUAG